AUGAGCUUUUCAGUGGGCAUAGCGUUUGCCUCCCUCUUCUUCAUUCUGGUUUCCAUCACUACGUUCUGUCUGGAGACCCACGAGUACUUCAAUGACCUGCAGAACCGCACGGAACACGUGGUGGUGGGGAACCACACGGAGGUGGUGGUCUCAGUGGAGGUGGUGACCAAGCCCAUUCUGACAGUGGUGGAGGGCGUUUGUGUGGUCUGGUUCACCUUGGAGUUCUUCGUCCGCAUCGUUUGCUGCCCCGACAAGCUGCUCUUCAUCAAGAACAUGUUAAACGUCAUUGACUUCGUGGCCAUCCUGCCCUUCUACCUGGAGAUGGGCCUCAGCGGCCUGUCCUCCUCUAAAGCAGCCUCCGACAUCCUGGGGUUUCUACGGGUCGUCCGCUUCGUCCGGAUCCUCCGGAUCUUCAAGCUGACCAGGCAUUUCGUCGGUCUGAGAGUUCUCGGCCACACGUUGAGAGCCAGCGUCAACGAGUUCUGCCUGCUUAUUGUCUUCCUGGCGUUGGGCGUCCUCAUCUUCGCCACGAUGAUCUACUACGCAGAGCGGAUAGGGGCCCAGCCGGACGACCCACGCGGCUCUAAACACACCCACUUCAAAAACAUCCCCAUCUCCUUCUGGUGGGCCGUGGUCACCAUGACCACCCUGGGCUAUGGGGACAUGUACCCCCAGACGUGGCUGGGCAUGAUGGUGGGCGCGCUGUGCGCCCUGGCGGGGGUGCUGACCAUCGCCAUGCCCGUGCCUGUUAUAGUCAAUAACUUUGGGAUGUACUACUCCCUGGCCAUGGCUAAACAGAAGCUGCCUAAGAAGAAGAAGGCGCACAAUCCGAACCCGGACGCUCCCACGGACACGGCCUCGUUCGGGAAGUCUGUCGCUAACUCUCCCAGGGACAGUACUCAGAGUGAUACGUGUCCUCUGGCUGCAGAGGAUAAUAUCAACAGGAACCGCUCAGACUCCAAGCAGAACGGAGACGCCAACUUGACUCUGUCGUCGGAUGAGGGGUGCAGCCUGACCCAGCCGCUGUCACCCAGCGAGAAGUGGAACCWACGGCACGGCCACGGCCGUAAACACGCCCGGUCGGUCAGGGGGAACAAGGCCACCAAGAAAGAGGCAACCUGCUUCCUGCUUACCUCUGGGGACUUCUCAUGCACUGGAGGAGAGCACACCAUACGCACUGCCUUGUGAAUCUCCUUACCCCCUUCUGGCCCCUGCCUGUCUGCCAGCCCAGAGAGAUAAAGAGAGAGUAGAGACAGAGAGAG